GCGCCGACCGUUGACCUCAAGGCCGCGGCCGAGGAGUUACCGGUAGGCAGACAUCACAGAAGGCAUAGACAUUCGAGAAAGCUGUUUCAAGCAAUACAAAACCACUACAGAUCAUGUCUAGACGAAGACGGACUCUUCAUCUGAAACACACCACUCCAUCACCAC